AUGCACGAUCCGAUGUCGAUGAAUCUUGAAGACGCCGUCUCCUGCUCGCCAGCACCCCGACAAGUCUUCGAUGCGUUCUUCGGCUCUGCAGACCUCGCUGCAUGCCCUGUCUCCAACAGCUCCAACCUCAUGCUUGACUUCAACAUCGGCUUCGAAGAGGCGAGUCACUCCGAAUGGGUGGACGACUUCCAAGGCAUCGGCUUCAUGCGAGCGCUGUCGAUGUCGCAGGAUCCGCAUGUUUCUGCCAGCACCGACGACAGCGACGAUGAGAGCUUGGCGGGUGCUUGUGACACUGAAGCCUUCUACAAGACCCUCAAAGGAGCCAAGGGAAGUGAAAACGCGACAGCGCAGGUGGGCAGGGCAACAGGUUCCCAAUCUAUGGGAGAUGAACUUAGAAAUAGCUCCUACUUUCUUCUGAAUGAACGGUUUAUUCAAUAG